GUGCUGGUUGAAGGUUGUUUGGUCACCCAAGACAAUGUUGAAUUGUUUUUGUCAUCAGUUUAUGAACAACUACAGCAGAUGGAGAACAAGAAUGCCGGUGUAGUGCAAACCAUUAGUCAUCAGGUAUAAAAUGGGGAGGAUAAUUGGUGUAUUUUCUAAUGCUGAUAAGAAGGCUUUCUCCAGAACAGAAAAUAUGGCGGUUGAUGAUUGGUUGAACAAUAUUAGAUACAAUACUUCAUGAAAUGAUACCUUAAUUGGAUCAUACCUAGCUGGAUCAUACCAUUAGGGGCCAACCAUUAGAUUUUGAGGGAAGGGGUGGGCGUCAACCGUUUCUUGAGGGCAGGUCUUUUCUUGUAAGUACACCUGUAAAUGUCAAAUGGCUCGCCCGUAGUAAAGUUGUGGUAACAAGAAUCAAAAUUUAACAAAUCAGCUAGAGAUAGGGUUUAUAUAAUUGAUGAAGGGUUUUGUAUAGAUGCAAAUUUGGAGUGUGAAUUUUAUACAUUUAUUAGACCCAACCAGGAGGAAUUGCGCAAAAUGCAACUAUAGGCUCACUAGCUGGAAUUGAACCUGCGGCCCUGCGAUUCUGGUGCAGCGCUCUAAUGCCAAAAAUUCUGAUAUUUAUAUCGUUGGUAUACCUAUUGGAAGUAUCUUGUUAUAUACCAAAAGAUUCACUUACGCCCGUAUUCUAAAAGCUCACUCACACUCACACUCAAUGAGUGGAGGUUUAAUCUGAGCUUCUCUCGAAUGUCAAUGCUGUUUUUGAAUAGCUGGAGGGUGAGUAGUCACAUAGUAAGGUACGACACUAGCCCUCCAGCUAUUCAAAAACAGCAAUGACCCUCGAGAGAAGCUCAGAUUGAACCUCCACUCGUUGAGUGUGAGUGAGCUUUUAGAAUACGGGCGUUAAACUGUCAAAAACGGCAUGAUCGAAAGCUGGGGCUUAAAAUGGCGAUAUAUUACAGGUCGUAUUCUUAACAAGACAACAUAGAUAUAAUCUUCAGAUAUACAUCAGAUGCAAUCAUAAUAUUUGUAGCUUAUUGAUCAAGGGUGGAUUUUCAUUUUUUUAAAAGGAGGGGUGGAAAUAUUUCUAGUGGGGUGCAAGCGGCACCACUGAGCGAGCUUCGGCAGGGGUUAGGCGUUGGGUUGGUGGGGUUGAACACUUUAUAAGAGGGGUUAGAGAGAUUCUAGGGGGCUGUUUUGAAUAAUCCGCCCAUGUUAUUGAUGUUCAUAUUAUUUUAGAAUUGUGAAGGGAAGCAGUUAUAUAGUCAUGUAACAUCGGAAUUGUCAAUCGUUGCAAUGUUAAAAAUGUCAAUUUUGGCUUUAGAACUUCUCCCUGGUAGUGCUAGCGGAGGUACGUUACUUUUGUUUGCCAUUUUUCAUUGAGUUCCCCCUUGUUAGAGUCACGUGAGUAGAAUCUAUCGCGCGGAUACGCACAGAGUGUCUCUUACUGCGUGUCAGCAAACAAUGGGUGGUGUCUACGAGCGCCAAAGCGUGAUGGAAGGGGGUUCGAAUCACUUCUUGAUCCAAUCAUCCUCGAAGACGAAGAACCUGGCUACAAUCCUGGCAAGAAUUAUUGUGGACAGCGUGUGCGUAAAUAGAAAUACAUGUCUUUCCCAAUCAUAUCCUUGCAAAACAGCAAUUAAUGAAAGCUUAUAAUUUGGCUAUAUGAAAGCCUUGUAAAAUACAGUGUCGCCACCAACAUUGCGCGGGGGAGCGGGGAUACAACGAUGCCAAUACAGUAUAUGUGCAUGCAUGAACAGUAAUACUGUUUAAUAAACGAGCAGGAGUGUUUUAUUAGGUUUAAAGCCACGAGCGCGCAGCACGAGUGCAUGGCUUUAGACCUAAUAAAACACUCCUGCUCGUUUCUACAAAUUCAAUAGAUAUGCUGCCUUAUUAGUAUUCUUUUUAUAAAGAAUACGUCUAAUAAGGACACGACUACAAUAGAUACUGCCUUAUUAGUAUUCUUUAUAUAAAGAAUACUAAUUAGGAGUGUUUUAUCAGGUUUAAAGCCACUGCACGUGAAAUAUUAUGGUUGACAUGAUUUGCCAUGCAAUAAGCUUAUGUAUUAUUAAUGAGUGUUUUGAAAUGUAUUUUGUGUUCAGGUAUUGUCAUCAUAAGUGAUGGAGUUUUUGGUCUACCAAAUGCCGCUAUGGUUCAUGCAUUGCUCGCUCAACUGAGAUCUCAUACUGUUUGCUGUUCAUUUGUUAAAGUGGGCAGUCCUUUCCAAGCACAGUGCAG